AAGUCCAACCUUCUUAUCCUCUCUCCAGACUCCAAUAUUGUUUGUUCCUCAAGCCCUUUCUCGCUCCCUCACGCGCAACCCACGCAUAGACAAACACAUUCUCUUCUCGUUCAGCUAGCUGCGCAACAAUGGUGAGAGGCUCAUCUCAGUCCCAAUCGUCGUCUUCCUCGACCUCCAGGCCCGGACUCAUGGCUCCGCGCGGUUCGGCUGCUGCGACCGCUGGCAUGCGCCGUCGUCGGCUCGGCGCAGCUUCCGCUACCGCCAGCUCUGGGGGGAUCGGCGGCGGUUCUGGCCCCGGUGGCAACAUGCUUAGGUUCUACACCGAUGAAGCCCCCGGCUUGAAGAUCUCACCGACCGUCGUUCUCGUCAUGAGCCUCUGCUUCAUCGGCUUCGUCACCGCCCUCCACGUUUUCGGCAAGCUUUAUCGCCGAUCCGGCGAUGGAGCUUAGUUCUCUCUUACGGAUUCGCAUAUUUUCAUUGUGGAGCUUCGAUCGUUCUUCUAGAGCCAUAGCGAUAUUCGGCUCUUGACUCGGUAACUGAGAACUGAGUUUUCUAUUUAAUUUUGUCUCGUUCUGCUUUGUAAAUCUUCGCGGACUUGCAGCCUAAUAUUUGCAUUUCGUUCAUUUUGGAUUCGUUGGAUUUAUCAGUAAGGAAGCGAGGGAAUCUUGGCCUUGCUUGAUUUUCUAU